ACAACUACGCAUUACACACAAAGAAGAAAGAAGAAAGGAAUAGCUUCUAUUCUGUUUCGGAGCAAAGAAGGGUGUCACAGUCAGAGAGAAUCAUGAUAAGGCGGCAGAGGAAGAUGAGGAGAAUGUGGGUCCCAUGGCGGCGGAAGGGGAGGAGAAGGAGGAGGGAGAGGUGCGGUCCAGCUUAACCAUGGAGACAGUGGCCGUCGCUAGGCAGGUUAUAGAGAACCACUAUAGGGCCCAGAUGAAACACAUCCAAUAACGCAAGGAAAGCUAUGCAUUUUUUUUUUUUUUUUCAUUUAUAUGCAGAAAUGGAGUUUCAUCUCUCAAAUAUCGGGCAUUUCUGCAUGCCCUUGAAUUUUAUGAUGUCACGCAUGCUCAUUUUUUGAGAAGAUCAUAAUUAACUGGAUUUUUGUUACAUGACAUUUGCAUGACCUUGAUUAGAGCUGGAAUGGCCAAAUGGGUUUGAGUUCUCUAUUUGUAUGUCAUAUUAUGCCAAUUGAUUAAUUUUGUUGUAGUAGCUUUUAAGAGUUGCAGGUGGGGAUUGUGUAGUCGUGUUUGAGUACUUCUGGAGGGUGUCUCAUGUUAAGGCUUGGGAUUUAUUUGUAUAUUGGAGCAAGAGUUUUGACUGAUCAUGGAUUCAUUUCAAAAUUCGACAACAAUUAAUGUCAUUUUCCUCAAUGGAUUAUCGGACUUCGUAGGGUUGCUCAAUGGAGUUAGUGAUAAGAAAGGGGAAAUUUUGAAAAAGCCACACUUUGAAGUAUGUGUCGUGUGUAUAUGUGCUAAUGGAACUUUGAGUUAUCAGCUUUGAGAAAAGGCCAUGUAGGGACUAUUUGAUGUAGUUGCAAUCUGUCUAAUUUUGCCUUUUUCUUUCAUACCUUCUGUUGAGGCAGGACUCUCCUGUAUUUUUGCAACUAUGCAGUAGCUUAGCAGGAAGAGAGUCCAGAAAGAAGCUAUAUAUUUGAGUUGCUUGUGUGACAGUAUACAAACUUUAUUUUAUUUUGGUAUAAAUAUGCAGUUUUCUCCGUUAGCCUUUGUCAGAGUCUUCAAAGAUGCUAGUUAAUUUGUUUCCUGCAUUUGUAGCCUCUCUUUAUGCACCAAGUGAUAGAAAUUAAUAAUCAUGUCAAAAUUUU